AUGCAAAAAACACACGAUUUGUGGUCUUAGAUGACCUAACCUCACAAAUUCAAAACCAAAAUGUUAAAAACAGCGGUAGUCCCAAAACUGGCCUUCGAAUUGCUCCAAGAGACCGAAAAUGUGUACAAGGGGCAAAAAAAACUGCCGAACGAAAUUCUCACUCAGUUACACUCAUUUUUCGGCCCCACUUUGAGCCAAGCCACUGAAUUGCUCGAAACGUGCAAAAUCACGAAAUACGAGACCAAGGACAAGACUCGUAGCAUUUACAAAGCCUUCCAGUUGCAAGUUUUACAAGACAGGACGAGUCUGACUUGCAAACACGUGUUAGCCUUGAAGUUAAACCAAAUUACCGGGGUACUGAAAACUAGAAGUGAAAUUAUAACCGAUUCGCAGUUUGUGGAGUUCUUGAAUGAGCAGUUGAGCAGCCUUAAGGAGUGAAAUAAAACAUGUUUGGCGUACUUAUAUAACAUAUAUUACACUGGGUUGGGUACACUUAUUUGAUUUUGCCAAUCAAGUGGCCGGCUGUCAAAGUGACAGGCGGCCAUUUUAAUAAUACUGACUCGUUUUUGUUAUUUUACACAAAACUGUACUGAUUUUCAACAGCUCGUGCCUCGGAAAUUUGUUCCAGAGUGGUUUCCUGAGUUCGCACACUCCCAUUGUGUGUUUGGACCUAAAACGUUAAACUUGGUCACAUUUUCGGACAACACCCCGUACAAGGACACAAAAUAAAAUAAAACAAGCGGUAAAAUCAUGUAGUUUAUUCUCAUAAUUUGUACUAUUGCUACGGAUAUGGUUUUUUUCAUAUAAAUAAAAAAAUAAAUGAACUUAAAAGUAAAGCUACCGAACGUAUCACUAAUUUAGUCUCUUAACCGUAAAAUAAAUACUUGAAAAAUGUACACUUAUUGCACGAAAAUAUAUACAAAUUAAGUAGUAAAGCAAAGCACACUCGUCACAAAAAUAUGUACAACACAUCCAUUUUUAUCUCACUUGUCUGAUUUCGGGUAUGGGCGGGACUCUGCGUUCGUGCACGCCAUUGGUCGAGGCUUGCGAGCUCCGCCCCAUCGAGCCUUGGAGCUGCCCUCUUGCGGCGGAAUUGACAACGAAGUCGGUGAGUGUGACGUCGGAAUUGCCGCCGCUCUCGAGCGGAAUCGGCUGCUGUCGGAAGUGUUCGAGCAUUUCGUAGAUGGACUGGAACCAGAAGUGUUGCACUCGGCACUGGCCUUGGUCGUUGAUGGUCAUCCGGAGGUGCUUAGCCCGGCCCUG